UUUAUGCAAAAAUCAAGAACGUGAUAAAAAUGGUUUAUUUAUUAAAAAAGUUAAAAAUAUUGAAGAAAUUGAAGAAAAUAAUGAUAAAAAUAAUGAAAAUAAUUUUGAUGAUAAUUGGUUUAUAGAAGAGAAUGAAAGAUUUCAAAGAUUACAAAAAUUAGACCUUACUUGA